CUAAAGAAUAAUUGAAAUUCUCAAUUUCGAUCGAAGUAAAAUAAGUUUAAAUUCAAAAAUAAAAAUAAAAGAGAAAAAUGGCGAAUAACAGUGAGGGUGGCAAUGUUGCAUCUGAUCUAAUCCACUUCUUGAACGCUUCUCCUACAGCUUUUCACGCCGUCGAUGAGGCAAAGAAGCGAUUAAGAAAUGCUGGGUAUGUGCAAGUCUCCGAGAGAGAAGAUUGGAAGCUUGAAGCUGGAAAGAAAUACUUCUUCACUAGGAAUCACUCUACUAUUGUUGCUUUCGCUAUUGGUAAAAGAUAUGUUGCUGGUAAUGGAUUUUAUGUGAUUGGCGCUCACACUGAUAGUCCUUGCAUUAAGUUGAAGCCUGUUUCCAAGGUAAAGAAAGGUGGGUAUUUAGGGGUUGGAGUUCAAACAUAUGGAGGUGGUUUAUGGCAUACGUGGUUUGAUCGCGAUUUGACAGUAGCAGGACGCGUGAUAGUAAGAGAAGAAAAGGAUGGCUCUAUUUCCUACUCUCAUAAUCUGGUUAGGAUUGAGGAGCCCAUUAUGCGUGUCCCCACCCUGGCAAUUCACUUAGACAGGAAUGUAAACACUGAUGGAUUUAAGGUGAACACGCAGAGUCAUCUUCUUCCUAUUUUGGCAACAUCACUUAAGGCAGAGCUCAAUAAAGUGGCUUCUGAAAAUGGUCCUGUUGGAAAUGAAAAUCAAUCUGAUGGGAAAACACCUACUGAUUCCUCGAAGCACCACCCACUACUACUAGAGAUGAUUGCAAGUCAGAUUGGGUGCAAACCAGAGAAUAUAUGUGAUUUUGAAUUGCAAGCAUGUGAUAUUCAACCAAGUGUAAUAGCUGGUGCUGCUAAAGAAUUCAUUUUCUCAGGAAGGCUCGAUAAUCUUUGCAGUUCAUUUUGCUCCCUAAAGGCACUGAUAGAUGCCACAUCUUCUGAAAGUGAUCUUGAGGAUGAGACUGGCGUUAGAAUGGUGGCAUUGUUUGAUCAUGAGGAGGUUGGAUCUGAUUCAGCACAAGGAGCUGGUUCUCCUGUCAUGUUAGAUGCUUUAUCACGCAUCACAAGCACCUUCAACUCGGAUUCUAAGCUACUUCAAAAAGCAAUUCAGAGGAGUUUCCUAGUAUCUGCGGACAUGGCUCAUGCCCUUCAUCCAAAUUAUAUGGACAAACACGAGGACAAUCAUCAGCCCAAGAUGCAUGGAGGGCUCGUGAUCAAACACAAUGCAAAUCAGCGUUAUGCAACCAAUUCAGUUACUGCCUUCCUAUUCAGGGAGAUAGCAUCAAAGCAUAAAAUUCCCAUUCAGGAUUUUGUGGUUCGCAAUGACAUGCCCUGUGGUUCAACCAUCGGUCCAAUUAUAGCAAGUGGCAUCGGCAUUCGUACAGUUGAUGUUGGCGCCCCACAAUUAUCAAUGCACAGUAUUAGAGAAAUGUGUGCAGUCGAUGACGUGAAGCAUUCCUAUGAGCAUUUCAAGGCAUUUUUCCAAGAGUUCUCUCAUCUGGAUGCCAAGAUUACAGUUGACAUGUAGCUCUCUGCAUCCCAUCAUUUCAUACUCAGAAAGACUGAUGAAAUCUUUAGGCUUUUCGUUCUUACUGAUCGCUAUUGUGACAUUUAUAGAUUGCUUAUCUAUUUUCACUUCAAGUUAUAACAAUCAGGGUAUGGCUGCAUCCAAAUAUUAUUAGUAUAUUUUUUUAUAGCAAUGUGGAGAAUGAUGUAUUUUUGUUA